GGGACACGGGGACACGGGGACUGACAGUUGGUUAGUUAUCAGAAUGUCUUAACCAAUAUUAUGUAAAAUUGGACGGCACAGUUUUAGUGUGGCUUAUGACUGGAAGUGAUUCUCUGCGGCAGAUGGCAUGCCGGCCUGCACAAGCUAUCCUGCUUUGACGCUUCUCCAGUUGCCACAGGCGGCAUCAGGUGCGUCCCAGUAAGCCCCAUUCCGCCUCACAUCUUUCGGCCCUGAUGUUUCGUCUAAUCAAGCCGAUUGACGCGUAAGCACGUCAGCGUGUCGUCAGCUGGACUUCCGCAAACGUAAAAGACAACGCAAUACCAACAUGGAAGAAACGUGCGACGUAUAUAAGCCCUGCAUAAACAAACGGGCGGCGCCUAGGGCCAGGAGCAUCUGCACUGCACUUCCGUGGUCGGCGGCCGUUUCGGCAAGGUUCGGGGCUCCAAACGCGCAGGGAUGAUUCAGCGGGUGUUGAAGUGGUCGGCGCCGCGGGAGCAGCCUGCGUCCACCGCCGAUCCGGCCGCCACCGUGCCGAACUCGCCGCCCGUGCCGGACCUGUCGGCUCUGACAGCCGAAGAGAUCCGGACUCUGGAGGCGGUGCUGGAGCGGCAGGAGGAGCUGGAGCAGUUAGAAGAGCAGAGAGAAAAGAAGCUGAAGAAAAUGAUCGAGGAGUUUGAGACAAACGUGAGACAUCUGGAGCAGUCGGCUGCCACCCCGCGGGGGCUGGGCUGCGUGCCGGUCAUUGACCUUCGCCUCUGCCGCCUCUGCUUCAAGACCAAGUUCGCGGACGGUAUCGGCAAGCUGUGUGUGGACUGCAAGAGGAGGGUCUGCAGCAGAUGUGGAACGUUCUGUCGAAUUGUUGCUGAGAUGACAACAGCUAGAGAGAGAUGGCACUGUAACCUCUGCCAACUGAAGCGUCAGCUGCUGUGCAUGACGGGAAGGUGGUACCAUGGCACCGUGAGCAAGCCGACUGUAUCCGUCCGCGAAAUGCUCACCAGAAUACGUGACGUCAAGGAACUCGACAUCGAAUCUGACAAGGAAGAGGGAACCGGGAGACGCGCUAACGGAGGUCGUGCUCGUCUAAGGGACAUCAAAACAGACUCUGAGGAUAUAGGUGAACUGAGACCCAAAACAAUAGCCAAGAGGAAAAACCGCUCGUCCCAUAGAUGUUUGCAAAGGUCUGUCGCUAUCACUGACGACCCCGACCCACCGACGAGAGAACAGAUGGCCAUGGAGAGGCACGACAGCCUGAGGGAACUGAGGGCCAAGCGACGGAGUAGGUGCGAUCUCUCGAAGAGUCCGACACUGACGAGAAAUGACAGUCAUGGAAACCAAAGACAAGGCGAGGCAGAAUUCUACCCGGCAGCAUCAAAAGAAAGCCUGACCGCUCGCGCUUUCUCAGAAAUCGGCGGAGAUGUGAUGCUGCUCACGUCUUCACUGAACGACGAUUUGCCGGAUAUCGGCACCAGACUUGAGUCUCCCUCCUCAGUAAGGCUAGACCGCCGGAGCAUGGCCAUGGCCGCCAUGCACGCUCACACCGGAUCAACACAGAGCUUGCCAAAAAUCGAAGUGGACAGAUCGAACAGCAGGAGACCUCGCGGGCCCGUCAGAUACCCGACCAUAUCGUGUGAGGAUGAUAUCUACCACAAGGGGGCGCAUGGUCCCCCGCCGAACUUACUUUGCCGGACGGCUAGCAUUGACCAGCCGGAAACGCGGCUUCCCGUGACUCGCUGGAGACGAGACGCCAAAUCUGACACAUGUAGACCCUCAGAACUUCAGGACCUUCACCCACCAGGGUCGUUUGAGGUGACAUUGUUCAAUGACAGGCGGACAGAGGAACUAAGAAUGCGUGAUUUUACAGCUGCUAACUUCGGCCUACAAGUCACCGGAGGCGUGAAGACAGAGAAUGGUCGACUUGCCGCUUACGUCACCGAUAUCCGAGAGGGUGGUCCAGCCGACAAGGCGGACGUCAGACCAGGCUAUAUCGUGCUUCUGUGGAACGGCUUCCCUCUCACCGACCUGACCUUUGAGCAGACUAAGCGCGUCGUCGACGCCACUCGUGACGAGAACCACGUCACACUCACCAUGACGUGCCCCGGCCUGUCACCGUUCGGAAGUAGAUCCAUUUCUCCCAGUUGGCGCGAACCCGGGACUACAAGUAGGAGCCAUCUCACAGCGCCGUCUAUGGCGUCAACGGUCGCGAGAGCAUCUGCCGAGUCAUGCCCCAACGUUAGAGGAGGGAGCCUGCACCAGUCCAACCUGACCAAAGGCGACACGAGGAGCUGGCCUCUCCGGUUGCCUGUAGAACCACGUUAUCUCCACACACCCGACACUGAUCCGGCCUCCGGCGAGGUGUCCGGACAGAGGCAACUCAUGCGGAAGUCCAGCUUCAGUCCAGCCACCGGGCUGACGAUCAUGGUUCCGUCGGAUGUCAGAGUCGAUCCUCCCGCCGACAGAGUUGUCAGCGGCGCCGACAAGGGGGAAAUACCCACUUCGCGAUCAAAGGAAAGCCUCAGGCGAUCACCAUCUCCCUCCAGCCAAGAAAUGUGGAUGCAGCGUAAACAGGAGAGACUCGCGUCUAGACGGGCCAGAGCCACGUCUGACGUCACCCGACCAGAAGGUAGAGAUAGCUUAGGUGGAACCGCUAGGAGGCGCUGCAAUACUGUGCCGUCUGGAAGUCCUCUCCUUUCAGGUAUAGACUUCGAGUCUCCGUCCUCCCGAAAACGCGCGGGAAGUUCCUCCAGCUUUGUGUCGUCUAUGGGCAGUGAGAUGUCGCUAUCCUCCCUGCUGCCGUCCGACGGGGACAGUGACGGUGACCUGGCCGCUCCUGAAGACAUCUCCGGCGGCCCCGCCCAGGUCAUGUGGUCUACCAAGGAAGCAGCGGACACCUCCCUGGGCUACGUGAACCUGAGCCUGCUCAUGAGUAAGGGGAACAUGGAGGUCAGCAUCAUGUGCGCACGGGGCAUCGGUGGGAAGGGCGACACUGCCCUACCAGACACUUACGUUAAGACGUACCUUCUCGAAGAGGGUCGGAAACUGCACAAGAGGAAGACGAAGGUGGUGCACCAGAGUUCCGACCCAAACUACCAGAAAAAGUUGCUGUAUCCGGCCUGCGAUGUGGACAACAGGGUUCUUCAACUCAUGAUCUGGAAGAAAGGGAAGGGCCUGGACAGUAACAAGUGUGUUGGUGAGAUCCGGGUGGAGCUGGACCGGCUGGACCUGAGUCAGAAGACGGCGGGCUGGUACAAGCUGCUGCCACCCAUGACAGGCGACACCGGCUCCGUGGAGUCCCUCACCAUGGGCUCGCACUAGUGCUGUUUGUACAAUCUUUUCAUUUUCCUGUUUCUCAAAGUCAUGUGAAUGUUCCUAGUUUAAUCGUGAUAAACAUUUAGAAAAUGAUGAUUACGAAAACCACAGAACUGGUUGAUUGCGUUUGUUCUCUAUGACAAGUUGAAGGUGUGAGCUGAUCUAGCUAUAGAUAAUUAUGUCUCGAUGCCAGUGAAAGUGACAAACAUAAUUUUUGAGCUUGGGUAGAUUUUUUUGCCUAUUACUGUACCUAUGUACAUAAGACGCGCGCUGUACUACGUAAUUCAUAUCACAUAAGGUAAAAAACCUUAUCAAACUCCUUCCAACCAUGGAAAUUGCCGGACAACUUGAUCAGAAACAUCCCAGCAUGCAGUGGGGAACAGUGUAAAUGUGAAAACUUUUUUCUACAAAUGUUGACAUGGUCUGUCUUAUCAAAUCAGCAGUGAUUACCAAAGAAGAUCAUCUAUAUUGUUAUUUUCGAUAGUCAGAUGUAAAUAUUAGUCUGUGCAAAGAUAAAAGUCGUUGUGACGUUAACUACGACUGCGACAUUGUAGUUUGUUGAUUCGUCUGAUGAUUGCUAUUUAACAGAAUACCACUUUAUAUUUCUCAGAGGGAGAGAUGAUAUAUCGUAUUUUCUGUGGUGUAAGGUUGAUGUAUGAAGUGUCAGUUUAAGGUAGGACAUGAGGGGACCACGGCAUGCUGCCUCAAGUGUCAGUUGAUUGCAAUCAAAUCGGUUACUACGAACUGUCAGUUUUGAGUCAUUAACGCGUAUGAUAUGAACGGAUACAUCAUACUAGCGACAUAGUACCUUACAAAUUACUACAUAGACACCAAAACAAUGCUGCUGUGUUCUUUUCAUUCUGAUAUAUUAGUUAUGAUAUACGUUUCAUUGUUCCGACAUCCAUUAAUACAUGACAUUGACAAUCAGGUGACGACCUCACUAAUAUGUCUAUACAAACAAGCGUAUGGCGUGGCUACGUUUUGGUCAAAAAUGGAAAACGCCUCUUUUGUUGAGUAGAUCUGUAGAGGCACCCCAUAUUGCAGGGACUGGUGUAAAUAGGUACCAAUGACAUGCACAUGGUAUCAAUGUCUUUGACAUUAUAUAUCAGAGAUUAGUUGUUAGUUUCAGGCACUUGGUCGUUGAACAGGGUCUUUGAAAUGCGUAACAAAGAUAGCUCAACAAGUGUUUGAUAUGUCUAGAUUCGACAGUUUCUUGCGUAUUCGCGUAUAUGAAUAAUCUAGACUGCUUUGAUACUGGAUUCUGUGGCCUAUUUAACUUUCUGAUGGCUCUGAUGAAAUGCCAAUUAGUCAUUUCCUCCCAUACGUAAGUUUUGUCUGUUACUGUAUGCUAGAACUUCUCAAUGGAAUAAUACUGUGUUUUUCAACGUUUAAAUAGUAACGUUAUAUCGCUUGGUACACAUUACCGGCGGAUAGACAGUGAAAGAAAAUUAAUUUUCAACUUCACAAUGUUUGAUCGUGAACGAAUAUGUUAUUUCUGAUAUUCCUUACCGCUUGUCUUGAAAAUAGUUAUUAUAAGUAACGAAUAGGCCAUGUAUCAUGGCUUGGAAAACUGUCAUCAGCGUUUCUGUUGAUAUGAAAGACAUUGUGGUAUGUUGUCUCAAUAAUGUACGACAAGAGUUGACAUAUAGUGAUAGCAGAAAAACUACACCGUAUCAAGCAAUACCUUGUGUAUUGAAAACCGACUUGAAUGAUCAGUAUUGUACAGAUUUCUACGACAUGAUAUUGACGCAGUUGUUUUUUUAUCUAUCUAUCUAUUUAUUUAUUUAUCUAUGAUAUAUCGUUAUGAUAAAUCUGGAUGACGUAAGGCUGUUGGAUAAGCCGCUGAUAUCGGAUGUGCUUUUGUUACUGACAUGUGGAAUCCACUGUAACGGUACACAGCCGAGGAAAUAAAAGAAAUAUUGAUA